AAAUAAGCAAAGCCGCCGCCUCUCGCUUUGGCCAUUACGACUGGAGCAUUGCUCCAUUGUGCUAAGAAAAUAGCGUAGCGCUGCCUUCACGACGCGUGCAGCCAGUAGUCGAGCGCUGCACCAGAGAAACGCGGCCGCAGCCAAACUCCCAAGGAGGCCUGUCUGCCACGCGGCGCGUGCGCGCGCGCAAGGGUUAGCAAGAUGACCGUCCUCAAAACGGUGGAAGAUGUCGGCGCGACGCUCGCCUGGUACCCCGGCCCCAAGAGUAUGGUCGCGUUGGGCACGACCGAGGCGUCAGGAGCGGGGUUCGACGAUUAUGGGGCGCGCCUAGAACUCCAUGCGUUGGACCUCACCGACGAGAGUGCGACGUCGAAACCGGCGGCGGUAGCGAAGACCUCGUCGAGAUUUGUGUCGUUGGCCUGGUCCGCCCUACCCGGGAAGGCCUCCGCCGAUGCUCUCUCCCUAGGCUUGGUGGCGGGCGGCAUGUCCGACGGCUCCGUGGAUGUGUGGGACGCGGCGAAGAUGGUCGCGGGCCACCCGCAAGCGCAUGUCUCGCGCGUGCAGAGGCACUCCGGACCCGUGAAUGGAUUGCAAUUCAAUCCGCACUCUGCCUCUGCGCAUUUAUUAGCAUCAGGAGGCGCCGACAAGGAGGUGUUUGUUGCAUCGUUAGAACGGCCCGAGGCGCCGACGGUCUUCGUGCCGGCGCCGCCCCCGAACGCGGCAAAACAUUCGGCCGAAGUGACGAGGGUCGCCUGGAACUCGCAAGUGUCCCACAUCCUCGCCACGGCCAGUCAAUCGGGGGCGACGAUUGUGUGGGAUUUAAGGCAGAAGAAGCCCUGGUGCGAGUUACGGGACGCGGCCUCCAGGAGUCCUGUGAGUGACGUUGCCUGGAAUCCACUAGAAGGUCUCCAUCUGGCCACUGCCUCCGGAGACGACGGCAACCCCGUCGUGCGGCUGUGGGAUUUACGGUCAUCAACAACAAUGCCCCUCGGCACGUUACGGGGCCACACGCAAGGUAUUCUGAGUAUUGACUGGUGCCCGGACGACACCGCGUUACUCGCGUCCUGCGCGCGGGACAACAAGACGCUGCUGUGGGACCUGUCCACGCAGCAGGCCGUCUACGAACUGCCGGGCGGCGGCGCGGAACCGGGCUCUCCCCAAGCGACGAACUUCGGCGCGGCUUCUGGUUCUGGCGCGUCCGAUUUAUUUGGUGGUUCUGCCCCGGGCAACGGGGGCUUCGGCAAGGCCGCAGCAGGAAGAAGGUAUCAAGUGGCAUGGAGUCCGUCCCAGCAAGGCGUCCUGGCGACCUGCGCUUUUGAUCGCAGCGUGCAGAUCCAUUCGAUCUCGUCGGGUUCCGGGACGGCCCCGAAGUGGCUCCGAAGGCCUUCCGGUGUCGCCUUCGGCUUUGGUGGUCGCUUAGCGUCCUUCUCGUCCAAAUCCAAGGCCCAAGUAAAGCUAGGAAGGCACGUCGAAGAUCGAUCGCUGGUGAACGCUAGUCGCGCGUUCGAAGCCGCUCUAGCGUCCCAGGAUUAUGCGGCCUUCUGCGACGCCAAAGUCGCAACCGCAAAGACCUCAGCAGACAAGAGGACCUGGACCUUCAUGGCGCUCAUCUUCGAGCCGAACGCCCGCGAGAAGCUGCUCGAAUGCUUAGGGUAUGACGCCCAAAAAAUAGCGCAGCAGUUCGCACCGCCGCCGCCGCCCUCGUCGACGCCGUCGUCUCCUGCAGUUGACGACACGUCGGCGGAAGAUGUUUUUGCUACUAGAACGCAAUCGUUGUCCAUCUCUUCUGACAGAUCUAUCGAGGAGAAGUCUCCACUUACACCUGCGGCCGAGGCGGACGUGAAGCGAGCUUUACUGGUAGGGAACUUCGACGCCGCCGUCGAGGGCUGCUUCAAGAACGGCGCGCUGGCCGACGCUCUGUUGCUGGCGUCGUGCGGCGGUGCCGAGCUCUGGGAGAAAACUAGGGCGAGAUACUUCGAGAAAGCGGCUCGGAAACGACCCUUCCUCGGCGUCGUCCGGGCCAUCAUCACGAACGAGCUCGAUCAGCUCGUCCAGACCGCGGAUUUGAAUAAGUGGGAGGAGACCCUGGCUAUUUUAUCUACCUACGGCAAAAGCGAGGAGUUCCCGCAACUCUGCGAGGCCCUAGGACAACGCCUGGAGAACGAGAAGCGCGACCAGACGGCGGCCUCGCUGUGCUACAUGUGCGCCGUCAACGUCGCCAAGACUGUCAGUUUUUGGAUUAGCGACUACAAGAAACAGGAGAACACUGCAGGACUACAGGACUUGGUAGAAAAGGUCACGGUCUUCGCGAGGGACGAUUCGAACCCGAACCAGGACCCGACGCAAGCCUUAGGAUCAUUAGGACCGGAGGUCGUGGACCUGUUCACGCAGUACUCUGAAAAGCUCGCGGCCGAGGGCGAGAUCGCCGCAGCCACGAAAUAUUGUGGAGCGCAAGAUGAUUCAUCAAGGUUGUUACUAGAUCGGUUGCAUCGCGCGGCGUCGAACGCCUAUGAUCACGUGCAACCCUCCUUUCCAGUUACUGAUGUCAGACCUUCUUCCGCGAUCACGGGCAUCGUGCCGGCGCAACCAGCUGAUGGUGCUUUGCCGCACCCCUGGCAGGCCCACAGCGAUCCUUCCAGUGGAAGAACGUACUACGCCAACGCGGACACGGGCGAGACGCGCUGGGACCCGCCUCCCCAACCCGUUGCGCAGCCGGCCCAGGCGUUCACGCGGGCCGCGCCGGCGCCGGCGCCGAUGCCCUUCGCGCCGCAGCCCGCGCAGCCGGACCCCUACGCCCAGGCGCAGCCCUUCUCGCCGCAGCCUCAGACUUUUUCGCCGCAGCCGACGCAAGCGUUUUCGCCGCAACCUACUACGGCGGUCCCGAUGCCCGUGCGGACGGCACCGGUCCAACCAACGCCGGCGCCCGCGCCCAUGCCCAUGCCCAUCACGCAAGCGCCUUCGGUUCCGAUGCCGACGCACGUGCGCCAGAACUCCGUGCCGAACCUCGCGCCGCCGGCUCCCGUGACGAGCCAGGGCUUCGACCAGCCGGCCCAGAGCUUCGGGGCCGCGCCGCCGCCGCAACAACCACAGUAUUCGAGCGCCGGGUUCACGGCCGCGCCGGCCCCGGCGCCGCCGCCGGCCCCGGCGCCGGCGCCGCCGCCCGCGCCCGCGCCGCCGCCGGCGCCCGUGGCCCAGUCGCCGGAGGCGACGGCCGUCGCCCAGGGCCUGCAGCAGCUCGUGCAGCACCUCUCGCAAUGCCCGCUGAACGGCUCCGAGAAGCGCCAGCUCGCGGAAGGUAGUAAGGCCGCGGAAAAGCUCAAAGAGAAGCUGACCUACGGCCAGGUCGAGGAGGACGUCAUCGUGCAGUGCAACCGCCUCGUGUCGGCCGUGCUCCAGCGCGACUACGCGACGGCGUCGGCCGUCCAGGUCGCGCUCGUGAACAGCCACUGGGCGGCGCACAAGGACUGGCUGAAGGGCGUCAAGUUCCUCUGCCAGCUGGCGCAGAAGAAGAUGCAGUGAGUAGUUGCUGCGUAUAAGUAGGGG